AUGCCUAGAGUCCACGCACAAAUCCCAGGCCUAUUUAAAGAUGAGCUCGCGGGUGACAUUAUUACAGAAUUUACUGGGCUUAGAGCUAAACUAUACUGUAUAAAAAGUUUAAAUGGGGAAACUAGAAAAGCCAAGGGUGUCAAUAAGUCAAUCACAAAGCGAUUACGAUUAUAUAAUUAUAAUAAAGCUCUACUUAGUGACAGUACAUUUAAAUGCAAGAUGAACACUAUUAAAUCUAUAAAACAUAUGUUGUUUUCUCAGGAAAUAAAUAAAAUAGUUAUUAAUAGAACUGAUGAUAAGAGACAGAUACUAUUAAAUCAAAUAGAUACAUUACCAUGGGGUCAUUGUAAUACUAUAUUUUAG